GGGAUUCCUUCUCCGAGCCGGGUUAGUUGUCUUCACUUCCGGGUGCCUGCGGAUGAGUAGGCGGGGGUCCAAGGUCAGCGGCCAGAACGCAGAUUGCUUUGACCCCUGGGCUUCCACUUCCAGCGGCACUCUGACGACCGUUGGAAAUGCGCGGGCGGCAGCAAAACUACAGCCGCGAAUUUACCACUUGCAGACCCUAAACCCCACCCCUGAAGGCCAGGCGGCGUCUCCGUGGCGACGUGCAGCGAAGUGCGGCUGCGCAAGGGUGACGGAGCGAGGGCGAAGGGGAGGGGGUGUUUUGGUUCCAGCCGCUCGCCGUCCUUUCAGACUUGUUCGUCUGAAAGCUUCUCGUUCCUUCCUUCCCUAACCCCUUCCCUUUCCCUUUCCCUUUCCCGGCCCCGGUCCUCCCUCCCUCCUUUCCCUUCUGCCUGCCUCCCUGGGUCCGGGCCAUUUUCCGGGCCAGGCGCUUUAAAGUGCGUGGCCCCGGGGCCCAGUAUAUGACCCGCCGUCUUGCUAACCCUCGCUACCCCCGCCCCAUGUGGCUGCGGGGCCGCUGCGGCGCUGCCCACUAUGGCCCGGAAAGCAGUUAGCAGGAAGCGGAAAGCGCCUGCCUCGCCAGGAGCUGGGAGCGACGCUCAGUGCCCGCAGUUUGGCUGGGAUCACUCACUUCACAAAAGGAAAAGACUCCCCCCGGUGAAGAGAUCCUUAGUGUACUACCUGAAGAACCGAGAAGUCAGGCUUCAGAAUGAAACCAACUAUUCUCGAGUGUUGCAUGGCUAUGCAGCACAGCAACUUCCCAGUCUCCUGAGGGAGAGAGAGUUUCAUCUUGGAACCCUUAAUAAAGUGUUUGCAUCUCAGUGGCUGAAUCAUAGGCAAGUGGUGUGUGGCACCAAAUGCAACACGCUAUUUGUAGUGGAUGUGCAGACAAGCCAGAUCACCAAGAUUCCCAUUCUGAAGGACCGGGACCCUGGAGGUGUGACCCAGCAGGGCUGUGGUAUCCAUGCCAUUGAGCUGAAUCCCUCCAGAACUCUGUUAGCCACUGGAGGAGACAACCCCAACAGUCUUGCCAUUUACCGGCUGCCUACGCUAGAUCCUGUGUGUGUGGGUGAUGAUGGACACAAGGAUUGGAUCUUUUCCAUUGCAUGGAUCAGUGAUACUAUGGCGGUAUCUGGCUCACGUGAUGGCUCUAUGGGACUCUGGGAGGUGACAGAUGAUGUGUUGACCAAAAGUGAUGCAAGGCACAAUGUGUCACGGGUCCCUGUGUAUGCUCACAUCACUCACAAGGCCUUAAAGGACAUUCCCAAGGAGGACACAAAUCCUGACAACUGCAAGGUCCGGGCUCUGGCCUUCAACAACAAGAAUAAGGAAUUGGGAGCAGUGUCUCUGGAUGGUUACUUUCAUCUCUGGAAGGCUGAAAAUACACUGUCUAAGCUCCUCUCCACCAAACUGCCAUAUUGCCGUGAGAAUGUGUGCCUGGCCUAUGGUAGUGAAUGGUCGGUGUAUGCAGUGGGCUCCCAAGCUCAUGUCUCCUUCUUGGAUCCACGGCAGCCAUCAUACAACGUCAAGUCUGUUUGCUCCAGGGAGCGAGGCAGUGGGAUCCGGUCAGUGAGCUUUUAUGAGCAUAUCAUCACUGUGGGCACAGGGCAGGGUUCCCUGCUGUUCUAUGACAUCCGAGCUCAGAGAUUCCUGGAAGAGAGGCUCUCAGCUUGUUAUGGGUCUAAGCCCAGACUAGCAGGGGAGAAUUUGAAACUAACCACUGGCAAGGGCUGGCUGAAUCAUGAUGAAACGUGGAGGAAUUACUUUUCGGACAUUGAUUUCUUCCCCAAUGCUGUUUACACCCACUGCUACGACUCGUCCGGAACGAAACUCUUUGUGGCAGGAGGUCCCCUCCCUUCAGGGCUCCAUGGAAACUAUGCUGGGCUCUGGAGUUAAUGACAACUAACUCUUUCCCAAAAUGUAGAGAUUUACACUAACUUCCAUCCUUAGUUUCCUUGUUUCUUUUGAUUUUCUUCCAAUUGUUUGAGGCCCUCAUUUUAGUGGGAACACAAGAGUUUGCCUAUGGUUUAGGCACUUGACAGGAAGCUCUGUACAGAAAUCUGAAGUGUUUUUUGUUGUUUUUUCCUUUUUUCGCUUUUGGUAAUCAGAGUUUCUUCUGUCUUUUUUCUUUCUGGCUUCUCAACCAAACAUUGUUAAUUCUUAUUUGUAUUUUUUCUUUAAGUGACACACACUUUCCCCUCUCUGGCUUCUGGCAGAGGCUGGCAUAGUCAUUCUCACCCUUACUUCACUCUUGAGAGGUAGGGUUCCUUUAUAAUUAUGUGGUUGCUGUCAGACUUUCUGUGAAAGUUUGGGGGCUGUCUUUGUGUGUGUGUGUGUGUGUGUGUGUGUGUGUGAGAGAGAGAGAGCGAGAGAGAGAAAGAGAACUUGUGUGCCUGCAAAUACCGUGUGUCACUGAAAUUACCUGGAGUAAGAAUUACUUGUAAUUAAAAUAUUUAUAAAAGAAACAACUUUAUUCACAGAGUCAGCUUUGGGACUAGUCUUUAUCUUGUUUUUUUAAAGUCUAACAGCACUGAUUAUAGGAAGUAAAAACAGAAAGAAAAACAGUCACCACCAGGAAAACCCUUUGAGUUAGAUGGCAGGCUUCCUGGUGACUUUCAUGCCAGGACUCCAGGGUGAUCCAUCCCCUACCUGUCUUCCCAACCUUGUGUUCCCCAGGUGAGAACACUUCUCUGUGUCAUUUCCAUGUCAUCGUCCCAUCUACUGAGCCAGUGGCCACUCCCCUAAAACAUCAGGGUUUCCAGAUGCAGUUCUCGAGGCUGCAGAAGCAUUGGUAGAACUUGGUAAAGAGAAUCCCUAUCCCAGUCUUCCUUUUCCUUCCCUCAAACAAGACCUGAUAUGGUAUCUCAGGGGCCUGGAGCAGGGGGCCUUACAUUAGCUAAGAUUCACAUACUCAGUCCCCUUGGCUUUGUGGAGAAACUUCUCCUUUGCCUUUCUUCUAAUCUUGUGGGUUUUGCUUUGCUUUUCUAAAUUGGGUUCAGUCCAGGAGGGUGGGGGUAAGCAGGGGGUUUAUCUGUGUGUAGCGAGUGCUUCAUGUGUGGAAUGUUCAUUUUCUUAUUACAGUGGGGCUGGGGUUGAAGCCACCUCUCCCACUCUGUUGGCUUAGCCCCACGGUGGUGGUGGUGGCCUAGAGCCAGCGACAUUGUGCAUGUAAAAGCAUUGAUGUGAUUAGUAAUUUGUUCCUCCCUUGAACUGUGUUUAGUCUGAGGUUUUGAAACUUGCAGGCAACUGACUGACCGUGAUGUCCAGUUAUUCCUUGCUUUUUACGCAUCAUGUUGCAGAUAGCAGCUGUUCCCACCCACAAAUUCCUCCUCCAUUCUAAGCACAUACUCUGCUUCUGUCAACAGCCCAUCCUGGGGGAAAGGAAAAGUCUUAUUUAUUCCUGCACUCUCAUUUCUAAAUUGCUCUCCCAGUUAUCCCCCUCUGCUCUGGGUGUAAGUGGGGAGAUGGAAAAAAAGAGUGCCUUCUCCUUGGUAAUGGGGGCUGGUGGGGGAGGAGACAGCAAGUCCACCCUAUCUUGGUUAUACAAGGCACAUACCACAGGUUCUAGAAUUCUCAUCUUCUAACCUAGAGAAAUAGGUGCUAUAAACAGGGAAUUAAGUAAAAUGCUGGAUACUAUAGAUCUUUUAAUUGUCUUAAUUUUUUUUCUAUUCUUAAACUACAGGCUGUAGAUUUCUUAGUUCUCACAGAACUUCUAUCAUUUUAAACCAACUUGUAUAUUAAAAAAAAAAAAAAAAAGAUCUUAAGUAGGAUGUUUUGUACUGUUGCCAGACCCUCUUCUGUGAUGGGUAAUACGUUUGAUUGUUUGAGAUUUUGUUUUUAAAAAUGUAGCACUUGACUUUUUGCCAAGUAAAAAAAUAAAUAUUAUUCCAGUUGCA